GGAACCUUCUGGAGCUUCGGCGUCCCCCGGCCUUCGCGGAAGUCCAGUCGUUUUCCCCAAGGGGGAGAUGACAGGAGGGACCGUAUGCGUAACUUUCCUUCUCUCCAGAGCCCUCCGGAGCGAGGGCGGCCGGCAGCCUCGGUCCAGGCGCGUGUUCCUGCGGUUGCAGGAGGGUGACCCGCCUCAGCUCUACAGGCGGAAGCGCCGCAGCCAUUGGCCCAGCGUGACACUUACCUGCGCGGGGCCCGGGGCGCAAAGUCCGAGGCGCGGUCUGCGGCGGUGGCGUAGGUGGGCCGGUGCACUGCUCCGCCAGGCAGGAUGUUCUCAAGGAACCGGGGAAAGAAGAAAACCAAGCAUAAGGAGACUCCGGAGCCCCUAGUCCCCGCGCCCAGGCUGGUCUUCCAGACGCAGCUGGCUCACGGCAGCGCCACGCGCCAGGUGGAGGGUUUCUCCAGCAUCCUGGAGCUCUACGCCAAGAUCGCGGGCGAGUUUGGGAUCUCGCCGUCCGAGAUCUUAUAUUGUACUUUAAAUACAGCUAAAGUUGACAUGGAAAGACUGAUAGGAGGACAAAUAGGACUGAACGAUUUCAUCUUUGCCCACGUGAAAGGAAGGAAAAAAGAAGUGAGUUUAUAUAAAUCCAAGGAUUCACCUGGUCUCAUCCUUUCUGACAAUGGUGCUGGCUAUGUUUUUAUAAAGGGAUUUAAAGAUGAUGGUGUUAUCGACUCACUCCAAACCAUUUGUUUUGGGGAUCAUAUUGAAUCUAUAAAUGGAGAAAGUGCUGUUGGCUGGCAUCACUAUUCUGUUGCUCAGAAGUUAAAUAAAUUAAAAAAAGGGAAAUACUUUACCAUGAAGUUAAUAGAACCUAAGAAGGCAGUUGAAAUACAGACAAGGUCAGAAGCUGGAACGUCAUCAGCAGAAAUGUUGCCAGAAGGACAAAAAGUUACUAGAAGAGAAAUUCUUCGCUUGAGGUCAAAAGGACCUGCCACCAUAGAAGAAAUGCUUUCUGGAGUCAAAGCAAAGGCAAUUGAAAAGAUCGAUGACAUUCUUGAAUUGUACCUGGGAAUUCGAGAUACUAUGUUAGCUACCGACAUGUUUGAAGCUGGAAAGGACAAAGGUACUUCAGAGGAACUUGGUAAGGCAUUCAAUGAAAAUUUUGAAGACUUUGUAUUCUCAGAAGAAGCUGUCCUUGAUGUUUGGAAAGCCAUUCAUGAUGCCACCCUCUCCGAAGAAAUGAACCAUUCUUCUUACUUUUAAAAAAGCCCCAUGAGAUGUACUUUUGAGUACAAUAAUUAGUACAAUUUAACUCUGGUUUAAUUAUAUGUGUCUGGAAUUCAUUCUUUGAAAUGUAAUUUUGAUUUUUGGCUACUUUUUAAUGGAGUUCUUAUGUAGUAUUCUUAAAAUAAAUCACCUAAAAUAUGAGCAAUUUUAAUAUUCAUUCAGAAGAUAUUUAGAACUUUUAAGAAGUGUUUCUAGAGUGAUGACUUUGCUCCCCAUUAACUCCCAUGCUUUGUUUCCCACAUAUGACUAGUUCUUUCCCAAAAUCUUCCUGUAAUGAAUAUUAGAAUUGGAAUGGUGAUUUACCUCAUGGCACCUUCAUUUUGUUAUACUGGUUUGAACAUGACACAUUCAGGAGAGAAAAUGUGAGCUGUGCCUCCUACAGGUCCAGAAGCAUUGUUUCUAUCCCCUGAGUAAGGGGAGGAAGAUUCUUACUGUCUGUUGAUGUUUCUGGCCCAUGUUCCCUCUUUGUAAAAUAAAGAUUGAG